AAAAUGAUCAUACUUCAGCUUGGAGUCGGUAUUUAGAUAUAUUUUUUCUUACAUAACACAAAUAAACUAAACGUGUCAUAUUUUGUGUUUCUGUGACAUGACAAAAAAGGAAACGGGUCGCGAUCCAUCACAUUUACAAUCACUAGAGCAACAGUGCCACCUAGCGUUAGAAAAGCGAAAGUUCAAUUCAACUCUUUUUAUAUCCCUUACAUGUUCUACCAUUUCGCAGACCAUCUACACAUGAAACACACAUUUUAGUACAUACAAAACAUACAAAGGCUAACCGAAAUGAGUUAAGCGAAUCGUCUUGUAUCCCUGUAUUAGUGGUCCAGUCUUUGAAACCAAGCGAGCGUCGUCAUGCGCGUGCACGUGUGGGGACUCGGAAUUCCGGUCAGCUGACGAUGCGUCAUCAGUGUUUGCAAACCGCGUCCAUGCGUGCGCCGUUCAACUGACGCCGAUUACCGCCGCUGUCAUGGCAGACAACGAAGAAAACGAAAUAAUCGAGCAUCACGAUGACGAGGAAAUGGAGAAAAGAGCAACGGCGAGAAGUCACUCGCAUUCGUUUCUGGAGAGCGUGACGUCGUUGGAGAAAGACGAUCACAACAGCACGCAGUCAUCACACCGCCUGCUCGCGUACAGUGACGCGCUCAUAUCCAUCAUCGCUACUGUAAUGAUUUUACCUGUUGCACACACAAAAUUUCAGGAAAAUGAGGAACUGAAAGAGAGUAUUCAGUCUUUGCUCACUACUAAGAUUUCUGUCUACUUGAUGACCUUCUUGAUUGUAACCGUUGCUUGGGCUGCACAUGUCAGGUUGUUUCAGGUCAUCGAGCGCAUCGAUGACACUCUUGCUCUUCUUAACCUGGCUUGUAUGAUGCUCAUAACCUUCCUGCCGUACACAUUCUCCCUUAUGGCGGCAUUUCCUGGCAGUGUUCUGGGCCUUACAUUCUUUUGUGCUUGUGUCAUUGUGAUUGGCUUAAUUCAGGCUUUGAUUGUCUUGUAUGGAUUUAGCCAUCCCUUCCUUCUGAAUGACCACAUCCAGAUGUCAGUGAAUCCAGCACAUUACAAGCACCACAUUCUCAAAGUCAUCAUGAAGGUUCCCAUCAUGUGCCUCUUUGCUAUCAUCUUUUCAUUCAUCUUUUUCCAACUGUCAUAUGUCCUUUUGGCGAUUGUUAUAUUCCUGCCCUACAUAUCUCUGUCUUUCAAGUGGAUCUGGAAUAAAGUCGUUGGUGGUCAGGUGGAAGAUACAGAUCCUGUGCUUUUCUACAACUACCUUCCCAGUGAACCCUUGAGUAAAGAGCGUGUGGAGGCGUUCAGUGAUGGAGUUUAUGCUAUUGUUGCCACGUUGCUCAUCUUAGACAUUUGUGAAGACAACGUGCCUGAUCCGUUUGUUGUGAAGAAGGAGUUUAACGGCAGUCUGCUCAGUGCACUUCUGAAUUACGGUCCAGAGUACCUGGCCUACUUUGGUUCCUUCGCCACUGUCGGACUUCUUUGGUUUACUCACCACUCUCUGUUCCUGCAUGUGACGAAGGCCACGCGCCUCAUGGGUCUUUUCAACACAUUCUCCCUGGCCUUUGUGGGCGGCCUUCCGCUUGUAUACCAACUGACCAACGAGUUUCCAAGAGGUUCACGCAACGAGCUGGAGGCGGUGCAGAUCAGCUGCGUCAUCAUCUUCUUUGCAGGCCUUUUCCAGCUGGCCAUAUGGAUAGUGGCGCUCUUCAACGAGCGCGAGACUUUGCACCCGUACGUGCGGUACGGCGGGCGAGAGCACGCUUUCAUGCUGGCCAAGCUCUCUCUCUACCCCUGUGUGGCACUCGGGUCGUUUUUCUCCACUUGCGUUCUUAGUCGAUUCAGCGCCCCGAUCUUUCACAUGAUGGAGAUAGGCGUGCCGUUCGCCUUUCUGUUACUGAGGCUGCUGGUGCGCGCGGCUCUGGUGCUGCUGAGGUGGCUCUUCUGUCCCGCAAGACCAGAUGUGGACAGAAUUCCAGUAGAGGGAGAUGAUCUACAGCUUCCAAUUAAUGACAAUAGGAACCUAGGAUAGAAGGGUCUUGGAUCCGUCCACUUUUCUGAUCAUUUUAAGGUUAGGCUCGCAACUCAAACUAUAACUGACACUUUUGUACUGUUUAGGGUUGUUGUGUCAUGCAAACUGAUCUAGUCACUUUCUAUAAUGGACUAUGGAACGGAUAAUGAUGUGUGAGAGCUACAGGGUCUUUACUGAUCUCAGGACAGUGGUCAUCUGGAGUGUAGAAGAGAAAUCCUUUUUUUAUCUUACAGAUAUACACAAAACAUUCAUAAAGACAGUUUAUUUAUAGCCUCAUUUUGUUUUACUAGCAUGCUGAAAGGUUUGUUACAUGCACAGAUUUAAUUUUCUUGUAUAUCAUUUUUAAUGUUCAUAUGUAAGUUUAAUUUAGUUCAUAGUUCACAUGAUCAGUUAUGUUUGUACUAUUUUUAUCGUUAUCUUUUUUUUUUUUUUUUAAUGUUGAGCUUUAAACCUUAUGUAACAAAAAUUUGACUACAUAUACAUAGUUUAUGGCUGAGAAUCUAUAGAAGCAGUGAUUCGUGCAUUAGUAGGUUCUGGUGGCAGAAAAUGGUCAUACACAUGCAUUGAGUUCCAAAAUAACGCUUCAGGUAAUGAAAUACAUAAAUAACCUACGUUUUAAUUUAGUCAAAAAAUAUCUGUGGUUGAUUUUAAGUAAAUAAACCACCAAUGCACCUUAAUAAAGUAUUUGUUGCACUUAACAUGAGUAACAAUUCGACUUUGAACAUCAAAAUGCGUAAGCCAUUGUAAGAUGUGUUUUGUAAUUGAGUUCUGUCUGUUAUGUUGUGUGAUUGUUUGUGUUUCAUCUGAAUGUUGUAGCCAUACUAACUGUCAAUGUGCCACUUUAAAACACACUUGUCCAAAAAGCUGUUUCUGCUCUCUUCACACUAAUAGUUCCUCCAAUGUGCUUUGGUCAUUUUGUAAAGAAAAUGACGUCAUCUCUGUUUGUUUAAAUGGAAAAUAAAAGAGAAUAAACUCU